GCGCCAGAGUAUUAUGGUCUGUCGUGCGCUGGCUGCUGCUUUUCUGCUCCUGGAAGCGGCCGAGGGGGGAAGCGGCGAGUCAACAUGGAGCUUUCCGCGGUGGGGGAGCGGGUGUUCGCGGCCGAAGCCCUCCUGAAGCGGCGCAUACGGAAAGGACGCAUGGAAUACCUCGUGAAAUGGAAGGGCUGGUCGCAGAAGUACAGCACCUGGGAGCCCGAGGAGAACAUUCUGGACGCUCGCCUGCUAGCAGCCUUCGAGGAAAGGGAGCGAGAGAUGGAGCUCUAUGGGCCCAAGAAGCGGGGACCCAAACCCAAAACCUUCCUCCUUAAGGCCCAGGCUAAGGCCAAGGCCAAGGCAUACGAGUUCCGAAGUGAUUCGGCCCGGGGCAUCCGGAUCCCGUAUCCUGGCCGCUCGCCCCAGGACCUGGCCUCCACCUCCCGGGCCCGGGAGGGCCUCCGGAACAUGGGCCUGACCCCCCCGGGCGGCAGCAGCACCACCAGCACCUGCCGUGUGGACCCUCCUCGGGACCGCGACCGGGACCGUGAGCGCGAGAGAGAGCGGGAGCGGGAGCAGGAGCGAGUGGCCAGCCGUGCGGACGACAAGCCCAGCUCCCCGGGGGACAGCUCCAAGAAACGAGGGCCCAAGUCCCGGAAGGAGCUCCUGGACCCCUCGCAGAGGCCUCUGGGCGAGCCGGGGGACGGCCUGGGCGCCCACCUGAAGGCCAGGAAGCUGGACGACGCCCCGCCUUCCGGAGCAGGCACCUUCCCGGCAGGCCACAGCGUGAUCCAGCUGGCUCGGAGGCAGGACGCGGACACGGGCCCGUGUGGGGUGGCCAGCCCUGCUGCCCCUGAGGCCGCAGGCAAGCUCGCGGUGGACACCUUUCCCGCCAGGGUCAUAAAGCACAGGCCCGCCUUCCUGGAGGCCAAAGGCCAGGGCGUCCUGGACCCGGGUGGGCCCCGGGUCCGGCACGGCGCCGUGACCCCUGGCUCUGUAGGAGGCUUGUACCGGGACGUGGGUGCCCAAGGGGGCCGGCCCUCGCUCAUCGCCAGGAUCCCCGUGGCCAGAAUCCUGGGGGACCCGGAGGAGGAGUCCUGGAGCCCCUCCCUGACCAACCUGGAGAAGGUGGUGGUCACCGACGUGACCUCAAACUUUCUGACCGUCACCAUCAAGGAGAGUAACACGGACCAAGGCUUCUUCAAAGAGAAGAGAUGAGUCUGGGUGGGAAGCGGGAGAGCCAGCGUCCGUCGCGGGGGCCGGCGCCUGGACUCGCGUCCGUCUCGGGGUUCGGCUGCUGCCUGGCCCUGAACUUCCCGGCCCCCCCCUUUACUCGCCUUCCCUCCCCGCCCAGUUUUGGUUGGAAAGAUUAUCUCUAGAGUUAUAUUUUCUAUUAGAUGUAAAUAUGUUAUUUAAGAAAAAUAUCUAAAUAUAUAUAUUUCAACUCUUGAAGUUGUUUUAUUUAAACGAGCAGAGAGUCAGUGAGCUCAGUGAGGGGGUCAGGCAGGCCGAGUCCGGCCGGAGGGUGCCCCAGGCACCCAGGCCACCAGGAAGGGUGGAGACCAGGGUCCUGGGCCUCUGUGGGCCUCUGGGGCGGACCUUGACCCCCACCCUGGCCUCCCUGCCCCUGGGAAGCAAGGAGGGCGCAGUUUUCCUUCCCAUUGCCCGCCUGGCCAGCAAGAGGUGGACUCCCCAUGCUGUGGUCAGCCUGCUUGUCUUUGCUCAAUUGUUCAGAUUAAGAUUUAAGAUCUUUUGAAAUCUCUUAAGAUAGGAGGUCUGCUAGGGGGAAGAGCACUUGAAUAACUUAGUAUGUCCUUGAAGGCAGAAGUUGCUGGCGUGGGGACCCUUCCACAGCCCCCCCAGCCCCCCAGGAAAUGCACUUUAUGAGGCGCUGAGCGUGUGUGAGGCCCCCAGCGCCCCAUCCUCUCCCCAGAGGGCAGAGAACUCCCCGAAUCUGUUUACAUUCCCCAAAUGCCCGGACAGACGCGGAGAUUGCGCGUUGGUACCCAGAGCUGGGAAUGGUUGUUUUAUAAGAGAAAUGUUGGUGUUGGGGGGGCCUGCCCCUCUCACAGGCCAGCAGCUCUCCGCUGGGCUGCGUACCGGCCCCCUGCGGCCGCCCCCGGAAAGGGAGAGGCGAGCUUGGCGU